ACCACGUGCUAUACCUACAGCUAUUUUAUGCAGCGUAACGACAUGAAGUUUUUGUUAAACGUCUUUGGCCAGCAGGCCUAUUUCGUCAGAAACGCGAUGGAAAUCACAGGUUGAUGUCAAGACCUGUGCAUUCUUGGAAUUCUUCAGCCUUUCUGGAGAUCUUUCUGGAGACCCACAGGCCACCACUCUAAGGCAAAACGAGAGAGCUGAGACUUGGAAGAAAAGGGGAAUAAGUCUAUAAAAAAAAUGGAGAGCUCUCCGUGAAGAAUUACUCCUUUAUUUGUGCAGAAUAUCUUGAAAUUGGUGACGUUUAUGUCAUGUGUGUGAUCAUGAAAAGUGACCAAAACAGAAAUCCUGCAGAAAAUUUAUUUCGUUCAUUUCAUGUUUAGGUCAGUGCAUGUAUUCCAUGUUUGGAUCGUACAACAAUUGUAUUCUUCAAGAAUGUGGAUACUUCUCAAAGUUAGAUCAAUGAAAAUAAAACCCAGCAGCUAAGUCUUCUUGACAAAAAGAAGAGCAAAGAAAGUAAACAAGAAUGGAAGUGAAAUCAGAAAGCAGGAAUUACUCUGUGAUGUCGGAGAUUGGGACGGGGGCCUACGGCACAGUUUACAAGGCUCGGGAUUGUGAAAGCGGGAAGGUGGUCGCGUUGAAGAAAGUACGACUGCACACGGGAGAGGAAGGGAUACCCAUGUCGACACUACGAGAGAUUGGUUUACUCAAACAUCUGGGUCAGCUGGAACCUCAGAAUAUUGUCAGGCUACUUGACGUUUGCUAUGGAGGUAUAUCAGGCAACAAUGAGAUGAACCUAACACUUGUCUUUGAAUACAUCGACAUGGAUCUCUCAACUUACUUGGAUAGGUGCCCCUCGCCUGGUCUGGAGCCGUCCAAAAUAAAGGAACUUGCGCACCAGUUAGUCUCGGGGGUUGAUUUCCUUCACUCACACCGCAUCAUCCACAGGGACCUGAAACCUCAGAACAUCCUCGUCAACUGCGACGGGCACCUGAAAUUGGCCGACUUUGGACUGGCGAGAGUCUAUGGUUUCCAGAUGGCUCUAACAUCCGUGGUGGUCACGCUAUGGUAUCGAGCCCCUGAAGUUCUGCUCCAAUCCCAGUAUGCCACACCUGUUGACCUGUGGAGUGUGGGCUGCAUAUUUGCCGAGUUGUUCAGAAGAAAACCAUUAUUUUGUGGAACUUCAGAUGUUGACCAGCUUUAUAAAAUAUUUGAUGUGAUUGGUUUACCUCUGGAAGAGGAUUGGCCGGAAGUCUCCCUGCCGUGGAGCUCAUUCCGCCCAUCGCCGCCCCGCCCUCUGAAACUAUAUGUCAGUGACAUAUGUCCACAGGGGCUGGACUUGCUACAGAGACUGUUGUGCUUUACCCCUGCCGAUCGGCUUACUGCGACGCAAGCUCUGGCCCAUGGCUACUUUCGGGACGACACCGCCAGUCCCUCCUCUGCAUCAUCUGAGGCAUCCAGCAGCUCACAGUCCUCAGCGGAAGGUGACAGCCAAGGUUCUAAUCCUGAAUUGGUGUGUCGGUAGCUGGUAGAAUUGUUCUACGUAGAGGAGGGGUUUAACUGUUGUGUAUUUUAAUUGUACUGGGGGUUGCUAUAACCAGGCUUGAUUCCUGUUGUAAGCAAGAUCGGUCGCGUACUUUACAUGAAAGCCAAUCGAGCUUCAUGGCACCAGCAAGUGUGUAGUUUCAAUGUGACGCUUGCCCUUACCAUAACAUUUGAUUUGGACUUAAAGUUCUGUGUGAACUGGCUUGUACUUGUUCUGGCUUGGAUGAUGAGUGUUCCUUGUUUCAAUUUGUUUGUUUGUUUUUCAGUUUGUGUGGUGCUUUGUGGGUGUGGAGUGGCUUGUUGGUUUUUUUUUAUAUAAUUCAAGCAGAUUUAUCUUUUAAACAUCUGUGUGAAAUUGAUUUUUGCAACAAAUGCAAAACUAAAAUCAACUUAUGCAGAAAUCAAAGUCUUCCAGUAAAGUGAUUAUAAAAUAUUGACACUAAAAAACUUAACAAAAUGGACCAAAAUACGAUAAUAUUUUUGUUGAAAGAGAAAUUAUUUUUUAUGUAUUUUGAAAAAAGUAUAUAAAUGCUCAGGCUUCCAAUGGGACACAAAAAUCUACAAGUGAGAUGGUGUUUUGACC